AUGGCUACAGAAAUAAAGAGGCAGCGUGAUCCGAUUAGUGGAUGUUUAUUUGGACUGAAACUUGAUGAGUGUGACUUCCAAUCACUAGGAAAACAAGUGGCAACACUCUCAGCCCAAGUUGCCGUUUGCUAUACCCUUCAAACCACAAUAUCCCAUCCUCGAGAGCAAGCCUCAGAUCAACUUCCCAGCGCCGCUGGCCGACUAAGCAAAUUCUUUGAGGUUUUGUAUAGACCCCAGGAUUCCCCUAACACAGCACACUUAUCGACAUGGCAAAGAUUGAACGACCUCACCGCUAGACAUUACAAAGAUGGGGCAGAUCGAGUUUGA